UGGUUUGUGACGCUCAAUUCUUGUGUGCGAAGCAAGCGAGUGUAUUGGAAUUUAGUCCUGCUGCCUGGCCGCAACACAAUCAAGCAACAAUGAGCGCCACUAAGGAGGCCAAAAAAACAGACGCCGCCGAGGCAGGUUCUGGGCCUAGUGAAAAUGGCGAAGCCAUUAUAAGAAUUGUUGAUGUCACGCCAGCCAAAGAGAAACGUACAGGUGUGCGCGUCAAGCUUCUGAACGAGAUGUGUGCGACGCCGAAAGGGAAAGCCUCGCCAAAGUCGGAGAAGCGCGUGAAAAUACUCAACAACACUGAAUCUACAAAGAGCCCCAAGCGCACUGCCACGAAAACAAUUAGUCCAGCAGGCAGUGCUGUUAAGAUAUUAAAUGAUAAGCGUACAGUGUCCACCACCGCAAAAGUGUCGACAACCAAGCUCAAGCCGUCACCCAAUAAGAAGAAGAAAAUGGAUCACUAUGUGCUGCAGGCAAUAAAAAGCGAGGGCAGCAAGGCAGACAGCAACACAACCACUGUGACUGUGGAUGACGAUGAUACCAUUGAUUUUAUUAUAACUGAGAAUGAUGAAAUUGAAAUUGUACCAGAGAAAGCUACAGAUGAUGAGUUUGUGGUCUCCGGCGUAGAUGAGGAAAGUGAUGAGGAGGAAGAUGAUGACAACAGUGUGACCUUGGAUAAAGUGAAGGCAAACAAAACUGCUGGUGGGCUCACCAAUGAUAUUAAGGAGAUUGUGGAGCACGUAUGUGGCAAGUGUUACAAGACAUUCCGACGUGUCAAGAGUCUAAAAAAGCAUUUGGAGUUCUGUCGCUACGACAGUGGCUAUCAUCUACGCAAGGCGGAUAUGUUAAAAAACCUGGAGAAGAUCGAAAAAGAUGCAGUUGUAAUGGAGAAAAAAGACAUUUGCUUUUGCUGCAGCGAAAGUUACGACACUUUUCAUUUGGGUCACAUCAAUUGCCCGGAUUGUCCCAAGUCGUUCAAGACACAAACAAGCUAUGAACGUCAUAUAUUUAUAACUCACUCCGAGUUCAAUGACUAUCCUUGCUCCAUAUGCAAUGCAAAGCUGCGCAGUGGAGCGCUACUGAAACUACAUGAGGAGCAGCAUCAGUCACGUGGCAAACCAUUUGCCUGCAAGAUCUGUGGCAAGGACUUUACGCGCUCCUAUCACUUGAAGCGCCAUCAGAAGUACUCCUCGUGCUCGGCCAAUGAGAAUGACACCAUGAGCUGCAAGGUGUGCGAUCGCGUCUUUUAUCGCCUGGACAAUCUACGCGCUCAUCUAAAGCAGCAUCUGGGCACGCAGGUGGUAAAGAAGCCUGAGUACAUGUGCCAUGUUUGCAAGAACUGUUUUUACAGUUUAUCCACGCUCAACAUUCAUAUACGCACACACACUGGCGAGAAGCCUUUCGAUUGUGAUUUGUGUGAGAAAAAGUUUUCUGCCUUGGUGGCUCUCAAGAAGCAUCGACGCUAUCAUACGGGUGAAAAGCCCUACACCUGCACAGUUUGCAGUCAAUCCUUUGCCGUUAAGGAGGUGCUGAAUCGCCACAUGAAACGUCAUACAGGCGAGCGUCCACACAAGUGCAACGAAUGCGGCAAGAGCUUUAUACAGGCCACACAGCUGCGCACGCAUUCCAAGACACAUCUGCGCCCUCAUGCCUGCGAUCAAUGCACGCAAAAGUUCAAAACUGAGAAACAACUGGAGCGCCAUACCAAGGAGCACUCUCGCCUUAAGCGUCCCUCAUUUGGCUGCACCGAUUGCACACGCAGUUUCCGCACAGCUGCGCUACUUAAGGAGCAUGUGGAUGCUGGCGAUCAUUCGCCUGUAAAACCAACACGCACUAAGCGUCCUGCCAAGGUUAUCGAGCGCACAGAUUGCGCCAUUUGCGACAAGAACUUUGACAGCAGCGAAACAUUGCGUAAACACAUACGCAAUGUGCAUGAAUGCGAUCCGGAUGAUAUAUUCGGCACUGAGCCGGCAAGCAAGCGCAAGGCCAAGAAAGCAAAGGAUGUUGAAGAGGAGCUCGAACCGGAGGAUACCGCCAAUACAUCAGCGGGCUCGCUGAUUUCUAGUAAGACAGACAAUAAUGGCGUUGUAGUGCGUGAGUUCUUGGUGGAUGAGGGCGAUGGCAGUGCCCAAACCAUCUUGCUGGAGAACGAAGUGUAUACAAUUUUGCCCUUGGAGGGUGAAAGUAAUAGCGAAGCACCUGCUGCGGCAACAGCUACAAAGAGCAAACCAGUGAAGCCAGAGUCCAAGGAGAAGCAGGAACAAGUGACGUCGCCAGUGGUUAAGAAAGAGCAGCGCAAAUCUUUAGCUGCCAGCUUGGCAGCUGCCAUUGCAGACAAUCUGGAGGAGCCAUCGAGCGAUGAUGAGUUUAGCGGCGAGGUGCUUACCGAAGAGGACAUCAAGCUGAAGGAGAAUGUGGCCAAGCUUAUUGACAUGCUGGUCGAUCCGCAAACACUGAAGAAAUACAACUGGCCAAACAGCUCCGAGGAGACGGUGCUCUGCAAGGUUAUUGAAAACUGUGGCCACGAUCUGGCCAAGGGAGCCGAAAACUACGCUGAACUGGGCUACGGCAGCCGCAUGCGUGAAUAUUGCAAACUGCUCUUCACCGUGGUCAUACACAACGAUUCAAUCAAGUCGCUGCUCAACAAUUUCCCCAUUGACGAUGUUAUUGAGUACGUGCUGGGCGACGAGGACGCCGAUGGCGAGGAGGCCAAUGAGAAAAACCUGUCAGACAACGAUAUUUCAGCGGAUGCAAAUGAAGAAGCAGAGGCCGUUGAAGCUUAAAUCGAAACCUUUUUUGAACUUUAUACAUUUUGUACAUAUGUGAAGGGUAUUCACUAUGAUUCAGACAAACUUUAUACCUAUAUGAACUUUAAAUCUUUUGCGUUUUUUACAUUAUUUGUACGGUAGAUCAACGUGAAUACCUAAAGCUUAGUUUUAUAUGCAUUUUGGUUUCGGAUCGAACACUAAGUGACCUUUCAACUCUAUUAUAUACCACCCAUUGAAUUGUUAACGUAAUAAAUU